AGUAAGCUAAGCAGCUACAUACUGUGAGUUUUCAAACCCAAAAGCAUAAGUGCCUUUUACUGGCAGGAAAUUGUAUUUUCCAAAAGCUUUCAGAAGGCUCUGAAAGUCAAAAGAAGUUUGCCUUUCAUCCGAUGUAUAAACCAAUUUCUGUAUUUUUUAUCUAAAGCUAGGAGGGUCUGGUGGGCACACAGAUGCAUAUUGACUGAAAGGGAAAUGUUGGGCAUGCAUUGCUACAAAUGGCUCUCUCUUGCACUGAUCCAAGCCCAGCUUGGGGCAUGUCUUCCCUGCAUGCAUAACUGUAACUCUGAUGAGUUGGAUCAAACUUUCGUGAGACCUCAGAGAGUGAAACGUGGCUGGAUGCGGAGUCUGUUGGUUGUACAGGAGGAACUGAUGUUAACACAUCUUUUGACAUUUGGCCAGCCACGGUUCUUGGAUGGUCCUUAUGAAGCCACCGUUCCUGAAAUGUCUGAGGAAGGUACUUCAGUGAUUCAGGUUACUGCUACGGAUCCAAGUAGUGCCCGUCUAUUUUAUAGUAUUCUUGAAGACCAGCCCUAUUUUUUUGUGGAGCCAACAACAGGAGUGAUAAGAACAUCUUCUCCAGUUGACAGAGAAACAAAAGAUAAGUUUUUUGUAGUCCUCCAAGCUAGUGAUAUGAUUGACCAAAUGGGUGGACGUUCAGGAACAACAACUGUAACAAUCAACAUCUCUGAUGUUAAUGACAACUCUCCCAUAUUUCAAGAAGAGCGCUAUGAUAUGCAUGUCUCUGAAGCAGCAUCCGUGGGCACUAUCAUAGGCAAAAUCAAGGCUGAUGACAGUGACAUAGGGAAGAAUGCAGAAAUGGACUAUAUGAUAAUAAAAGAUGAAUUUCACAUUCUUCGCAUCAUUACCAACAAUGAGACUCAAGAAGGAACUGUCAUAUUGAACAAGAGACUAGAUUACGAGAAAAAACACAGACAUGAUAUAAUAGUGAAAGUUGUCAACCGAUACAUAGAUGUGCGCUUCCAGAAAAAUGAGUCCUUUGGAGACACAACUGUUCUUAGGAUCAUUGUGAAGGAUGCUGACGAACCUCCAGUUUUUAGCUCAGUCAACUACAUAAUGGACAUUUCUGAAGGGGAGAGAAAUGGUUCGCUUCUAGGGGUUGUAAGUGCCAAAGAUCCUGAUGUUGCCAGCAGUCCAAUCAGGUAUUCGAUUGUCCACAGCAACUAUUUAAAGAGAUUGUUCAGCAUCAAUGCACACAAUGGAACAAUCAUUAUAACUAAACCUCUGGACCGAGAGAUAGCAGCUUGGCACAACAUAACCGUUACAGCCACAGAAUCAAGAAAUCCAAAACAAAUAUCGCAAGUGAUUGUUUAUAUCCAAGUUCUUGAUGUUAAUGAAUAUGCACCAGAAUUUCCCAAAUACUAUGAGACAUAUGUAUGUGAGAAUGCAAGAUCUGGACAGCUCAUUCAGACCAUCAGUGCAACAGACAAAGAUGAUCCCAUGGAAAACCAUCAUUUCUCCUUCUCAUUAGCUGAUGAGGCCACAAACAACUCCAGUUUUGAAGUCAGGGAUAAUCUAGAUAACACGGCCGGAAUUGUUACCAUAAGAAGUGGAUUCCAUCGCCGAGAACAAUUCAUUUUUGCCUUGCCAAUCUCAAUAGCUGACAAUGGAGUUCCAUCCCUCACCAGCACAACAACCCUUACCAUCACUGUGUGUGAUUGUGAUACCAAAGCAAAUCUCCAAGUAUGUAGAUAUGGAGCUUUCUUCUUCUCAAUGGGCAUCAGUGUACAAGCUUUAGUUGCUGUCGUGGCUUGCAUGCUAAUAAUAUCAGUGUUUGUUGUGGCAAUUGUGGCCUUGAGGCAGCAGAAGAAGCAGUCUCUGUUUCAUGAGAAAGGUGAAGAAUUUAGAGAGAACAUUGUUAAGUAUGAUGAUGAAGGCGGUGGUGAGCAGGACACCGAAGCUUUUGAUAUUUCAGCGCUGAAAAACCAAACUGUCCUGAGAGAGCACAAACCACGAAGAAAUAUCACAACACAAAUCCAGAGCCUUUACAGGCAAUCUCUGCAAGUGGGUCCCGAGAGUGCUGUGUUCCGGGAAUUCAUUUCACAAAAGCUAGAAGAAGCCAAUUGUGAUCCAGAUGUGCCGCCUUUUGAUUCCCAUCAGAUCUAUGCUUUUGAAGGAUAUGGGUCAAUGGCAGGAUCUCUUAGCUCACUGGAAUCAAAUUCAUCUGUACUGGAUGAAAAUUAUGAUUUCCUUAUUGAACUGGGGUCACAUUUCAAGCGAGCAGAAAGUAUGUGUGGCUCUAUGAACAGUGGAAGAGAUUAGGAACCACUAAAGCCACAUUAUUGGGUGGUGGGGAGAAGGUCCAGCAACCAGCUCCUUUGACUGGGGCAAUAGUUACAAGAGUGUAAAUCUCUUAUUGUAUCAAAGUGAGUGGGAAACCAGAGCACAAGUGAAAUAGGCAACAAUGUCAAUGAGUUUUGAAAUACGGCACAACCAAUUAUUUAAAUUGUAUUUCUGACAGAUAUUUGCCAGAAAAGUAAUUGUGUCACUAUGGGCACCUACACAAAUCAUGCUGGAAUAAGAGGUCAUCCAAGUUACCUGCUGGAGGGAAACAUGUUGAAUAAGGGAAGAAUGAGCACCUGUUUCUAAGGCAGUUUUUUCUUCAUCUUAUCAGUGCGGGUGUGGAGCCUAUCCAUUUUAAGAGGGUGUCCUUGCUAAAAUGCUGAACUCAGCUUAUCAAUACAGAACUAUAGGUUUUCCCCCCCCUUUUAAAAGCAAAUGUAUAAGCACAGAAAAACCAAUACUUAUUGUAAAUAUUCAGCAGAAAUUAAUAUUUCAAGCUAUUUACAAAGUUGUGUUGUUUGUAAUUUAAUAAUUACAACUAUAAACUAAUAUAUGGGUAUAUACAGAUAUCUAUCUAUCAGGGGGGAGAGAGAGAGAGAGUAUAAGCACAAUUAUACAGAAACCUAUUAUAUGUUAUGGUGAAUCCAGAAACAUGGAAAAAUCUGGAUUGAAACAUGGGGAAGGAUUAAAACAAAAUGCAGUGUAUUUCACCAGCCAUUUCACCUCUGGAAAAGCCAUUUCACUUCUAUCAUUAGCCAGCAUUUUUCCUGUUUUACUAAGCAUUUCCAUAUGUUCACAUUAUUUGGGACUUGUCUACUGCUUUGCCUCUCAAACUAUUUUAGAAAAUCUUAUCUAACCUACAGAAAUUUAUUUAUUUAUUUUCAAAGUGAUCAAUUUUUAAAAAAAUGUAAUUUAUCCAUGGAUUUCUGUAACAGUCAACAUUUAUUCACAAUUAAAUGUGAUUUAUUCUUAAUUAAA